UGUGCAAUUUUUAGUUUCCAUUUAAACAUUGUAUAAAUAAAUUCGAUAAUGGUUUAAACAAACAAUUGUCAGCUACCGCUUAGCGUGUUGUGCGUCAUAUUGUCAAUAUGUCACGAACAGGAACAAAACUCGAUGCUAAGAAAGUGAAUUCUGAGUUAUUUACUUUAACAUAUGGUGCACUUGUGGCCCAAUUGCUUAAAGACUAUGAGAAUGUGGAAGAUGUUAACAAGCAGUUGGAAAGAAUGGGAUAUAACAUGGGAAUUCGACUGAUAGAAGACUUCCUGGCACGGACAGGUUCUGGGCGAUGUUAUGACUUCAGAGAUACUGCCGAGAAAAUUCAAAGUGGAUUCAAAAUAUUCCUUGGCAUUACACCAACAAUCACAAAUUGGAGCCCUGCUGGCGAUGAGUUUUCUCUAUCUUUUGAGACAAAUCCUUUAACUGAAUUUGUAGAAUUACCGGAUCAUUGUUUAAACUUGAAAUAUUGCAAUAUAUUAACUGGUAUACUCAGAGGUGCCUGUGAAAUGGUACAAAUGGAAAUCGCCUGCUGGUUUGUACAAGAUCAACUUAAAAAUGACAAUGUUACAGAAUUACGUGUGAAAUUUGUCAAGAGGCUAGAGGAUGCGAUACCAGCAGGCGAAGAUUAAACUUCUAUAUUACUUUAAUAUAUAAAUAUUUAUAAUUUCA